GCUUGCUCCAUCAAGGGAGGCCACCUGGGGCUGCCACAGCUCAGGCUGUGCCCUCGUCCCCAGGGACCUGGCAGCGCAGCUCCAGGCAGAGCUGAGCCAGUGGCAGUGGAAACAGCAGGUGACCCUCGAGCAGGCGCUGAGACACAUGCACGCUGCGGCCCAUGCCAAAGAGAAGCUGCAGAGGAGCCAGGAACAGCUCCAAGCCCUGAGGGAGCAGGUAGGCAGUGGGCAAGACCUGCUGUGGGGGUCCCUCUGUCAGCCUGGCCCCAGUCUCCUCUGCGCCCAUGGAUAAGCCAGCGCCUGCCCAGUGCCAGGAGCAGGCUACCACGCCAUGAGAGCUGCAAGGGGAGCCGUACUAUCAGCAGAAUAGGAAGGAAAAGCUCGAUCCAGAGCUGCAGCAGGUGAAGGAGUGGACGAGCACCCUCGAGAGAGAAUAAAGCCCUGGAGCAAAGCCUGUGCUGCAGGAGUGGGCAGGGAGCUGGGACGGGCAGCAGAAGGGAGGGCACAGACCUCACUCUGGCAGGAAGCAGCACUAGCACAGCGACGCAGCACCCACUAAUGCUUUGCCUUCUCUGCAGCUGAGAGCACAGGAGGAACAGAGCCAGGGCCUGCGGCAGAGCCUGGCUUGGCUGCAGGAGAAGCUGGGAGCCACCCACAACCAGGGGCAGCAAAGUCUGCAGCAGCUCAGCAGAGCCAAGGAGACCAUCCAAGACCUGCGCCAAGAAGUGACCUCCAACAGAAAGCACCUAGCAGAGCUGCUGCAACAGGUGAGGGCAGGGACAGCACAGCCCCAGGAUGCAGCCAUCCACCAUACAGCCCUCGGUGCCAGAGCCCUUUCCUGCUUCAGGACAGCACCAGCCCCUGGGGGGAGCCCCAUCCUUCCCACGGCUUGGCCAACCACCCUCCCUGCCCCACAACUUUGCAUGCAGGUGCAGGACAUGGCCACCUUGCAGGCAGAGCUGGCCCAAGCCCAGCAAGAGAAAGCCAAGCAGGAGGAGAAGAUUGCAGCCUACGAGGAGGAGAGGCAGCAGCUCCACUGGGAGCUGAGGAAGCUGCAGGGGUCCCAGGAGCAGGUCAAGCAGGAGGUCCAUUCCCUCCAGAAGAGGCAGCAGGAGCUGAGCAGCCGAGCCCAACACUGGCAGCAGCUACACCAGGACAGCGAGCGAGCUCUGGCUAUGAGAGAAAAGGAGCUGGUGGUUUGCAAGGUGGAGAUGGCUUUCCUCAAGGAAGAUCUCAGCAAGGCCAAGGAGCAGGUGCAGGAUAGAAACAGGCAGCACCACAGCCCAAGAGCAGGAGCGCAGGCUGGGCCCUAGCACCAGGGAACAACAGAUCCUGGCCCACAGGCAGGGGAGAAGUAGAGAGGACAGGAGCGGGGACAGCAUACUGCAGAUCCCAGGCCACCAAGGGAGGAGACCGUGGGUCUAGCAGCAGCAGGGCUGAAUAUUUUGUUCUCCUUAAACCAGCCCUCUUUUCCCUGUUGCUAGAACAAAGCCCCUCAGCGUAGAACUACCAUGUUAUGACAGAAGCUCACAGCCAGCAGUGCUGAGGUAAUGGUUCCUCUCCAGAGCAGCUCUCUCAAGGCAUCGGCAUCUCCAGACCCUCUGCUCAGCCCCAAAGGCUGCUGCCCCAGCCAGCCUGGUCUCUCCAACUGCCUUCAAUCCUGGGCUCAUAGAGGCUGGGAAGAGCAACCACAUGCUCGUUCACACGUGGCACAGGGGGUCAUUCUUUCCAGGUAGAAACUCUGCGCUCUUCCCACACUC